CAGUCGGUGAACUCUAGAAAAGGAAUGUGAGCAACUGUCCAAGAACCUUUCCAAACAUGCGCCGGGCAUCUCCGCACCCAAGUAGUCCAGCGGCAUUCAUCGACGCCCUUGAACGGAGAGAACUGGAUCCCUUUACCCCGAUCUCCAAACUUAAAGGAAAAAUAGCCGGCCAUGCCAGCCUGGUUGGGCGCCUUCAAUUGGAGCGGAAACUCGAAGGACACACGGGCUGCGUUAAUACUGUUCAGUGGACUAAAAACGGACAACAAAUCUUGAGUGGCAGUGAUGACUGUCGUCUGAUUAUUUGGGACCCGUUUGCUCCUCCCGGCAAGACGCCUGUUCUCUCAUCUGUCGUCAGUGGGCACGAAGCGAACAUCUUCUCUGCCAAGUUUGUUCCUUUCUCCGAGUGGGGUCCAAGCCCGCAGGCCGUUUCGUGUGCGGCGGACGGCAUGGUCCGAUACACGGAUUUCAAUCAAACAGUGGCCAAUGUCGGUUUCAGCUGCCACAGUGAUAUUGCUUACGAAGUGGUGGUAGAUCCAAACUCUCCAAAUCUUUUCUGGAGUGCGAGCGAUGACGGAACUGUCAAUCAAUACGAUUUACGUCAAUCAACGCAUUGCGCUUGCGAGGAUGACCACUGCAACCGCCAUGUGCUAAUUGACCUAAAUGCUGGGAGAGGAGGAAAGACAGAUCCCUCCGAAAGGGCUGAAAACCCUCGUUCAGACAGAGCCUCAAGCCCGUCAUUCAUUCUCCGACAACUUUUUUCCAGUAUGGGCGGCGUAAGACCACCUGAGAUUGGAUGCACAACAAUGGAUAUCAAUCCGCUGAGAACAGAGUACCUCGCUCUUGGUUGCACCGACGAUGUCGUAAGGAUUUACGAUCGCCGCCGGAUAUCAAACGGAUCGGACGCCACCGUUAAGAGACAAUCUGGGGAAGUUUAUAACUUCUGCCCAUCCCAUAUGCGCAGGUCCUUACCAGCGGAAAACGAUACAGAUAGUGACGGAGACGGCACAAGUAUGCCGUCAGCGCGUAUUCAUGGUCGUCAUCACAAAAUGACUAGCUUGAAGUACGAUCCAACAAGUAGCGGGGAUAUUCUAGUAUCGUACUCACGAGAGAAAGUCUACUUGGUGCGUCCCGGGAAAGGUGAUGGUGGCGCUGAUGUUGCUGUCUCAAUGCAAAAUGUGGUGGCAACUGGAACGGAAGGAAAAGGAGAAGCCGAGACAGAAGACUCUCACAGGAAAGAGGCAAACCGUGGGCAGGAUUUGCCGCCCAUCGAUGGGUAUUGUCAACCUCAGACGAAACUUAUGCCGCCGUCACUUGAGAAAGGUCGUUACGAUACGGAUAUUGUGCGAGUGUUUAGUGGACAUCGGAAUGAAAGAACAAUGAUCAAGGAAGCCAACUUUUUUGGGCCCAACAGCGAGUACGUGCUGUCGGGCUCUGAUGAUGGCAGAAUAUUCGUGUGGCACAAGGGCACAGGAAAGGUGUGCUGCCUCCUUAUGGGCGACCAACGGGUAGUAAACUGUCUGCAGCCACAUCCCUUUGAUCCCAUCCUUGCCACAUCUGGAAUUGAUUCCGACGUGAAAAUAUGGUGGCCAACAGCGGCUGAACCCUGGUCGGAUUGGGCAGGGUUAAAUGAGAUCACGAAAAGAAAUGAACGGGGACAGCGUUCCAAUGGCGUGGACAUGGAUGGGAUCGGAGCAGACAAUGACAAUGGAACGCAACCUCGAGUGCUCGUCAUGUCACCUGAUAUGAUGUUGAGACUAUUUGCGCUCAUGUCGGGCAGAGAAGGCUUUUGAGUUGCUAGUCAAAUGUAAAUCGUAUUGUACAAACUGCGCUUUUGGCUGACAUAAUAUGAUUAGUCAGCACCCA